GUAGUCCUGCAAGAGCAGUUUUAGAUUCUGCAAGCUUUUGCUCAUAUAACAAGAGAUAUUACCUUGGCUCAGGUAACUAGUCAACGACCCUCGCCCGUCUUAAAACUGAGAAAAUAAAAAAAAAAGAAAAAAACUGGAGAGUCUUCGGAUUAUCAAACAAGUAGAGUCGCUUGCCCUGAAAAUCGUCUUUUGAAUCUAAAUUUCAAUUGCAGGCAGCGGCUCUCAGACAGAAAAUUUAGAGGUUCAAAACCAAACCAAGAAGCUACUGAAUCACGACGCUAUGGUUCGAAGACGUCCUCUAAGUCCGGCUCAAAGAAGUGCAAAGAACGAGCGUGAUCGACGACGCAGGCGAGAGCAUAACGUACAUAAAACUAUGUGCUUAAUAUUACCAUAUCAUUAUGAAUUUUGGUUUUCCAGGAUUUUAAUUGUAUCUUUAAUUCAUUCUGGUUUGCUUUCCAUCUUGCAGAUAAAUAAAGUUGGAGUUGAAGAGACUUCGGAACGUGGAGGCCAAGUCCCAGGAAAUAGCUCCUGUGUUGGGCGAAUUGCAGGUCAAAUUCAUGGCAGUAAAAAACAUUGUUUUCCAGUUAGCAGAGGAGAGCAAAAGGUUGACAGAUAUCGAGCCGUAUCUGGCAAGAAAGAUACAAGAAUUAGACAACAUUGUUGGUCAAUAUGAAACAGAGGAAGCAGAGAGAGGAAAUUGUAUUUCUCAAUGGCAAUUCAAGAUUCAGGCAAUGCUUGAGUCUUUUAAUCAUGGGUCAGAGAGUUCUCAUACUGAUAAACAGUACAGUGAUGAGUUUGUUCAAGAUUUUGUUGAGAAACUUGAUGACAAUGAGAAGAGUAGAGUGCACUUUCCAGACUUCAAAGGAUUAACAGAAGAAUUGGAAAAAAGUGGGAGACUGAAUUUACCACCUUCUCUUGUUCCUGUCCAUGAGACCCUAAAGAAGGCCUACAGAGAUAUCACUGCAGAGAGCAAUCAGAGUAUUCCUGUAAUCAGAUUCCUACAUUCUGUUUUGCUCUGUGAUCAGAGAGAUGAAUGAACUGAGACUUGAAGAGAUCGACCUGGAAAAAAUGAUUUUAUGGAAAGAUGCAAUCAAUAGUUGUUUGAGCAUUGGCUUCAAAGGGAGCUUUGCCAUUGAGCACUUAAAGAAAAUUGCUCGCACAUACUUCGGUUCACGGAACAAGCAGGAGCUAAAGAGCAUGGAAGAGAGAAUGUUGAAAUUAAAGGCCGAACUAUAUGCCUUGGAGAAGAAACAUAAUUGCAUUGCAGAAAAGCAGAGUUCUGAGAUGCUCCAGGGGUGUCUUCCUGACGCAAAUUUUUUUCAGGGCAAGCCUCUUGGCUCUGGUCUGUUCGUUUGAUACUCUCUCGU